AUGUCCCAAUGUCUUCCCAUAAGGAUUUGUGAUGAUUUUUUAAAUACCCAAGAGAAAAAACUUAAUGCUUGGUACGUCAGGAAAAAAAAGAGAUUGGAUUCUAAACUCACUUGGUUGUUACACAAAAAAGAAAGAUUGUUAUUGGCAAACAUAGCACCAAUUCGUUAUCAGUGUUGUGACCUUCAUGAAUCCGAUAAUGGCCCACAUCCUAACGGUCUUAAAAUGUGCAAUAAUAAUGAUUGUUCCUUUAUUGAUCCUCGACCUGAGACACAUGAAUGUCACACCAUUAUCAUUCCAACUGAACUGUUUAUGCAUCCUCAUACAUCUUCCCUAACGAAUAUUAGAGAAAAAUGGUUCGUGAAUUUAUCGUCCAUAGAGAUUCCUUAUGACAUCCAAUGCUUUUUACAGUUGGGAGAGGGUUUUGCACUGCCUUAUAACAAAAAAAGUAACAUCGUGCUUGAAUGUAUUAAAAGCGUGGAGAAUAGCACUUUAAGAAUGCCUAUCAAUCGUAAAGUCAUGGUUACUAAUAACACGAUUCCUAUUCUGAAUGGCAUAAUUUCUAAUCCAAUUUUCAGGUCUCCUUCUGACCUAAAAUUAAAACAGAUGGAGUCAUAUACCAGCGAGUUCAUCUCCACACAUCCUAAUAUUAUUUUCACACACGCUGAUAAGGGAAACGUAACAGUUGCCAGGGACAAGGAUUCAUACAUUGAUAAUAUGAAUAUAUUAUUUAGUGAUAGAGAUACUUAUACACCCGUUAAGAAAAAUCCGGUUAGAAGUCUCACCACAUCCUUACGUACGCUGCUCACCAGGUGGAAAAAGAAGGAAUACAUUGAUGACUUAGUCUAUAGAAAAUUAUAUUGUAGCGACGGAGUAUUGCCCAGAGCCUAUGGUGUGCCAAAGAUACACAAACCACAUUGUCUUUUGAGAAUUAUUGUAUCGUCUGUCGGCAGCCCCCUGCAUGCGUUGGCGACUUUUUUGUAUAGAAUAUUAUUUGAAUCAAUCCCUCAGACUGGGAGUAAUAUAAAAAAUAGUUUUCAAUUGAUCGAAAAAUUAAAAGACUUACCGAUUCAUGAUAAUUAUAGUCUAGUCUCUUUUGAUGUGGUUUCGUUAUUUACUAAUGUUCCGUUGAAUAUUGCACUUGAUUGCAUCAAUGAUUUUUGGCAUUCUGUGUCACUCCAUUGUUCUAUGCCUAAGAACGAGUUUUUGAUUGCUAUGCAGUUGGUUUUUGAGUCAACCUUUUUUGUGUUUGAUAACAAAAUUUAUAAGCAAUGUUUUGGCACACCCAUGGGCUCUCCUUUGUCUCCCAUCAUUGCUGAUUUAGUGAUGAGAAGAUUGGAGGGAUGGGCGUUGUCGAAAAUUAAUACUGACCCACUGUUUUACUAUAGAUAUGUCGACGACGUUUGCAUGGCAGUGGUUCCGUCUGACAUUGACGCAUUAUUUAAAAAGUUCAACGAAUUCCACCCUCGUCUGAAGUUCACUGUAGAAAGGGGUGAUGAUAGGAUUAAUUUCUUAGAUGUCACAAUUUUCAUACAUAAUAACAACUUUGUUUUUGAUUGGUACCGUAAACCUACUUUUUCGGGUAGAUUUCUGAAUUUUCUCUCGAAUCAUCCACUUUCACAGAAGAGAGGCACGGUGUUUUCGCUUGUUGACAGAGCAUUUUUAUUGUCUGACUACAAAUUCCAUUCCAAAAAUUUAAUUUUUAUUAUUAAUACGUUAUUAGAUAAUGAUUAUCCGAUAACUUUUAUUUUUGAGACUGUAAAUCAACGAAUAAAACAUUUAUUAAAAUCCAAACACGUCACACAACUGACGUCUACUGAUAUCUCUAAUAACAAAGAAACAGUAUCUUGGUUGACGGUACCUUUCAUUCCCUUUCAUACGGAAAAAUUUAAAAGAUUCAAUUGUAAUGACAUCAGAGUAUCUUAUCGCAGUCCGAACAAAAUGGGCAAGUACAUUAAAGUACAGAAAGAUGCUUUAAAGAAGAAUUGUAAAAGCAAUGUAGUGUACAAGAUAUCUUGCAAUGAUUGCGACGCGUCGUACGUUGGACAGACUGGUAGGCAGUUAAAAACUCGAAUCUCGGAGCAUCGAAACCAUAUCAGACACAAAUCAGCGACACGGUCGGUAGUCACGGAGCAUAGACUAUUCAACAAUCACGAUUUUCGAUGGGAUGAUGUGAAGAUAUUGGAUGAAGAACCUAUCUACAGGAAGAGAUUGAUUUCUGAAAUGGUCAACAUUAAGAAACAAACAAAUAGUUUGAAUUUGCAAACCGAUACAGAAGGUCUACAUAAAGCGUACUUGCCUAUCAUAAACAAAAUGUGA